AUGAUGGCCGCUACCACCUUUGUUUUAGACGUGCUAGUCACUUUGGUGUUGUCGGGCUAUCUCCUCUAUCAUUAUGGCGAUUGGAUGCGGCACCGUGUGGCCGUGACCGUGGCCGUGUUGAUAGCCUGGUAUUUUUCGUUCAUGAUCAUUUUUGUCCUUCCUUUGGAUGUGUCCUCCACAGCCUAUCGACAGUGUGUCAACGCCUCUUUGGCCGAGGCCGCCCUGCCAAAUGCGUCCGCAGACUCAUUGACCACCCCUGAUCCCAACAUCAUCACCGAGCGUGAUAUCCGUCUCUCCCGGGGCGAUUCGUCCACCCAUCCUCCGCAGAGUUCCACGGACUCGUUGACGCAGGCCCUGGCCCAUCAAAUCCAUUGCCAACCGCCAUAUAGUCUCCUAGCGCCGGCCGUGCUGCCCGAUUUAUGGAAAGUCGUCUACUGGAACUCCCAGCUUCUCACGUGGCUCAUCUUGCCGCUGAUGCAAUCGUAUACCUUGGCGGGGGAGUUCACACCCUCUGGGAAACUCCGGUCGGCUUUGUGGGACAACAUGAUCUACUACACGUCGCUCCUGUUCAUCGCGUUGAUCCUCUUCGUGUACAUUGCCCUCCAACCCGAUUUGGAUCUGAAUUGGGAACGCCUCAAAGCCAUCGCCUCAUCCGCCUCCAACACGUGGGGCUUGUGCGUGUUGGUCUUGAUGCUCGGUUACGGACUGAUCGAGGUGCCACGGAACCUGUGGAAAUUCACGCAAAAAGGCUACCAACUCAAUCGGGCCUACUUUAAGGUGGCCAAACUGAUGACGGAACGAACGGAUGCUGAAGAGAGCUUGGAUGAUGCCCUGGCCACUCUUCACGCCGUGGGUCAGAUCAUCGGUCAAAAUGACCUUCGCCGGCCUUUUGUGGACACGAUCAUGGCCAAAGUUCCGAUUGAGAUGAUGGAGAAGAUCCAACGGAGACGGACCGAGGUGGCCUUCAAUAAUGAUCCUCCGGAUGAGAAGACCUUGACCAAACUACAUCGACAAGUGAUGUUCAGUCUCCAAAAUCAUCACCGCACCGAAGCUCAAUGGACGGAUAUGACGAAUCAGGUCUUUGAACUGGAGGACAUCAAUCGAAAUAUGAUUAGCAACGAGCACGUGUUUAAGCACACCUUGAGUCCGGCGCCCAAGGCCAUUUUAGCUCGCACAGUUUUUACACCCAAGAUUGAAUGGUACUGGAAGUGCCUCUUGAUGCCGCUGAUCUUACGGUUCGCCGCGGGUUUGGCAGUUGUCAUGUCGGCCAUCAUCCUGUGGUCGGAGAUCACGUUCUUCAGUAAAUCCCCACCGUUAAGUUUGUUGGCCGUGUUUGUCAAAUUGGCCAUGAGGAGUUACAACUACUUUGCCAUAGAGAUCAUUUGUUUUGUGUCCAUUUGCUACUUGUGUCUGUGUGCUUACUACACCAUUUUCAAGAUUCGGGUCUUGAACUACUACUACUUGGCCAAGAACCACCAAAGUGACGAGUACACCUUGUUGUUUUCCGGGGCUUUGUUGUGUCGACUGACCCCUCCAUUGUGCUUGAAUUUCCUGUCCUUGAUCCACAUGGACUCGCACGUGAUCCAAUCACAGAUCAUGGAGACGGCUUACACCCAGAUCAUGGGCCACAUGGACGUGAUCUCAAUCGUGUCCGAUUACUUCAAUAUCUACUUCCCCAUUGCACUCUUGGCCUUGAGCUUGUGUACUUACUUCUCGGUGGGAGCUCGAUUUUUAUCCGCCCUGGGUUUUCAGCAGUUCCUGAAUCAGGACUCUGAGCUCACAUUGGAAAUGGUGGAGGAAGGCAAGGAGCAUAUUAAACGAGAAAAACGAAGGAUCCAGCGCCUUCAAGAGUCAGCUAGUCGUCGACGAGAUUUCCGGGAGAGGUUCGCCGACCCUGAAAUGGGAUCAAGUGGAACCGAUCGGUCGGAUUCGGGAUCGGUCAACAAUCGGUUUCGAUCCAAAGAUAUCGUGAAAUCCGGACCCUUCCGGCAAGCUUCAAGUCCAGAGCGAUCGCUCCUGGCCAAUCAGCAUUACCCCAACAUUCACAACUCACCGUCCAGAGAGCUCGGUGGAGGAUCUGCAUCUUAUUCCAUUGAUCGUGUGGACCUCGUGUCUCCCAUGACCGAGACCAUUGAUUUAAAUAGUCCACUGGACAUACCAGACACGCCAUCCCUUCGAUCGGAGGUGCCCAAAAACAUUUUCGACGACUUGUAGCCAUAGUUCCAGUAGAUACAUGAGGUCAGGAGAAAUCCUGGUCACCCCGACAAUCCCACGGCAUUUACAUAUGUACUAAUUUGAACGGUUGUUUCCUCACUAAUUACUGAGUAAUACAAUUUAUAUUUGCAA